CCGCGGCCCCCGAGCCGCUCCGGAACCCGGAGCCCCGACUCCGCGGCGCGCUGGGAGCCGCCUUCCGGGGAGCCAUGCCGGUGAUGACCCGGGACGUGCUGCUCGAAAUGGAGCCGGAGGAGGAUGAAGACGAGGACGGCGACAUCGGUGGUGUUCCUGCCUCCAAGAGGCCUUUUCUGGCUCCUCACCCCGCCCUCCCGUCCAGCCUGGUGUUGGAAAACCUUGGCCAGACGACCGUCACCAGGUUUGGAGCCCUGGAAAGUGAGCCUGAUUUCCUGACCCCCGAGUUUGAAGAAUUUAAUGGAAAACCUGAUUCCCUCUUUUUUAACGAUGGCCAGCGAAGAAUCGAUUUCAUUCUGGUAUAUGAAGAUGAAUGUAGAAAAGAGACCAACAAAAAGGGUUCAAAUGAAAAACAAAGGAGGAAAAGACAAGCGUAUGAGUCCAACCUCAUCUGCGGCGGCCUGCAGCUGGAAGCAACGCGGUCGAUUUUGGACGACAAGCUUGUGUUUGUGAAAGUACAUGCCCCGUGGGAGGUGCUAAGUACCUACGCUGAGAUCAUGCACAUCAAAUUGCCUCUGAAACCCAAUGAUCUGAAAACCCAGUCCUCAGCCUUCGGCAACUUCAACUGGUUCACCAGAGUCCUCCGAGUGGAUGAAAGCCUCAUCAAGCCCGAGCAGGAGUUUUUCACUGCCCCGUUUGAGAAGAGCCGGAUGAAUGACUUCUAUAUCCACGAUAGAGAUACUUUCUUUAACCCAGCCACCAGGAGCCGCAUUGUUUACUUCAUCCUCUCCAGGAUCAUGUAUCAAGUAAGGAACAAUGUCAAAAAGUUUGGGAUUAACAAGCUCGUAAGCUCCGGGAUCUACAAAGCAGCCUUCCCUCUCCACGAUUGCAACUUCAGCCGCCAGGCAGAGGACCUCAGCUGCCCCAACGAGCGGUACCUUCUGUACAGGGAAUGGGCGCAUCCGCGAAGCAUAUACAAAAAGCAGCCCUUGGAUCUCAUCAGGAAAUACUAUGGAGAGAAGAUUGGGAUCUACUUUGCCUGGCUUGGGUAUUACACUCAGAUGCUCCUCCUGGCCGCCGUGGUGGGGGUGGCUUGCUUCCUCUAUGGAUACCUCAAUCAGAACUGUACAUGGAGCAAAGAGGUUUGUCAUCCUGAUAUUGGUGGCAAGAUCAUAAUGUGUCCUCAGUGUGAUAAGCUUUGUCCAUUCUGGAAACUCAAUAUUACUUGUGAGUCCUCAAAGAAAUUGUGCAUCUUUGACAGUUUUGGGACCCUAGUCUUUGCAGUGUUUAUGGGGAUAUGGGUCACCUUGUUCUUGGAGUUCUGGAAGCGGCGCCAGGCGGAACUUGAGUAUGAGUGGGACACCGUUGAGCUACAGCAGGAAGAGCAGCCCCGGCCGGAGUACGAGGCCCGGUGCACGCACGUGGUCAUCAACGAGAUCACUCAGGAAGAAGAGCGUGUCCCCUUCACUACCUGCGGGAAAUGUAUACGUAUAGCCCUCUGCGCAAGCGCCGUCCUGUUCUGGAUCCUGCUGAUCAUUGCCUCCGUCAUCGGGAUUAUUGUCUACAGGCUGUCGGUGUUCAUUGUAUUUUCUGCAAAACUUCCCAAGAGCUUUAAUGGAACAGACCCGUUUCAGAAGUAUCUGACCCCCCAGACAGCCACGUCCGUCACCGCCUCCGUCAUCAGCUUCAUCGUCAUCAUGAUCCUGAACACCAUCUAUGAAAAAGUGGCGAUUAUGAUCACUAAUUUCGAGCUCCCGAGGACCCAGACAGACUACGAGAACAGCCUGACUAUGAAGAUGUUCUUAUUCCAGUUCGUCAACUACUAUUCCUCAUGUUUCUACAUUGCCUUCUUCAAGGGCAAGUUUGUAGGCUACCCAGGAGAGCCAGUGUAUUGGCUGGGAAAGUAUAGAAAUGAAGAGUGUGACCCGGGUGGCUGUCUCCUCGAACUGACGACACAGCUGACGAUCAUCAUGGGGGGCAAGGCGAUCUGGAAUAACAUACAAGAGGUGCUGCUCCCCUGGGUCAAGAACCUAAUCGGACGGUGCCGCACUGUUUCAGGAGCAGAAAAGAUAACCCCCCGCUGGGAGCAGGACUACCACCUGCAGCUCAUGGGCAGACUGGGGUUGUUCUACGAGUACCUGGAAAUGAUCAUUCAGUUUGGGUUCGUCACCUUGUUCGUGGCCUCUUUUCCGCUGGCCCCCCUGUUGGCCCUGGUGAACAAUAUUUUGGAAAUAAGAGUGGACGCGUGGAAACUGACUACCCAGUAUAGACGCAUGGUGCCUGAAAAAGCCCAGGACAUCGGAGCAUGGCAGCCAAUCAUGCAAGGGAUAGCGAUCCUGGCGGUGGUGACGAAUGCCAUGAUCAUUGCUUUCACAUCGGACAUGAUCCCCCGCCUGGUGUACUACUGGUCCUUCUCUGUCCCUCCCUAUGGGGACCACGCCAGCCCCACCAUGGACGGAUACAUCAACAAUACCCUUUCCUUCUUCAACGUCGCGGACUUCCGAGACAAGAGCAGGGGCAACCCAUACUCUGGGCUUGGAAACCACACCACGUGCAGGUAUCGUGAUUUCCGGUACCCUCCUGGACACCCACAAGAGUAUAAACACAACAUCUACUACUGGCAUGUGAUUGCAGCUAAACUGGCUUUUAUCAUUGUCAUGGAGCAUGUCAUCUACUCUGUGAAAUUUUUCAUUUCAUAUGCAAUUCCGGACGUAUCGAAAAGCACGAAGAGCAAGAUCAAGAGAGAAAAAUACCUGACCCAGAAGCUGCUUCAUGAGAAUCACCUCAAAGAUAUGACAAAAAAUAUGGGGGCCAUCGCCGAGAGGAUGGCGGAAGUAGCAGAUAACAAUUUAAGACCGAAAGUAGAUUAAGCGCUUCACGUUCUGAGAAGCAUGUCAAAGGACCGAGCUCUGUCAAAAUACAUUAUGGAUCACUAAUGAGAAGGUUUAAGUUAAAUCACUUAGGCAAACAUACAUCUUAACUAUUGCCAUUUUUGUGUAGAAAUUACUUUACAGUUUCAGCUGGCGAAGCAGGAACUGGAAAAUGUAAAGCUGAGAUCAGGAAGGGCAUGAAGGUGAUCGAUCACCCGGAAAGCCUACGAUGUUCCCUGUUUUUGAUAAAUUGGCAUUUCAGGAGAGUCUCCGCACAUGCUGAAAAACCACGCCUUCUAAAGCAGAAUCAAUUCUUCCCCUUCAUUUGAUUACUUUCAUCCCUUGUUCUCAAGCACAUGAUCCCCUCUAUUUUUAUUUCUUCACUUCGCUGCACCUGUUCCAGUUGCUCUCCCCUUACGGCGCCACCACAGAGACCAGACACACUGGUGUUCGUGUGAUGGGAGAGUUAGCUCAAAACUCAGAGCGCUGUAUUAAGUGGCAAAGAGACUCAAGAAUUCACAGUAUUUAGGUGUAUUACCACAUGCUGCAGAAAAGGAGCCUCAGGUAAUGAGAGGAAACAGCUUCAGUCUCUGCUCUGGCCUACCCGUCCACCUCACAGAAGGCCUCCGAAGGGACCGGCCUCAUGAUAGUGAGGUUCCGAAGCAUGUUUGUACUGAUCCACAGUGACACCUUUUUCCUCCCACAGCGUUUCUAGAAUGUUCUGUGCCUAAUCCACGUUGACUGCUCUGCAAAGCUCAAGGGAAUAAGAUGACAAAAGUGGGAAAGUCACAGAUUCAAAUAGAAUUGUAGCUCAUAUUGAUCAGGAUGAUUUAUUUACCUCUUCUAAAGAUCUGUACUUUCUUGGGGAAAAAAAAUGAAAUCAAGUGAUUAGAAUUGCAUUUUUAUCAACAUAGUGGUCUGCAGAGAUAAGCCCAUUAACUUCCCACCAGUUGCGCUUUAUCCAUUAGGCACAGGAGGGACAGCAUCACAAAUGACCGCAAGUGGCUCGCUGCACAGCCGCUGUGACCUGACAGUGCCAACGCCCAGACUUUGGCCGCUGUGCUUCCUGCAGGUGGAGCCCUUUGGGCAGGUUCUUCAUGCCUCGGCGAUCCGAGUACCAGAGCCUCUGCCUGUUAAGGUGCUCCCAGAGGCCUCCACCCAUCAUUCCCAGCCCGUGACUUGUUUAUGAUGGCGUGUUUGCACAAGCGUGGGGGAGCUGGUAAGGCUGGGGAGAGACCGGUGUAGCCCCAGAUCAUUGCCAAUCAAGAAGACGCUGGAUUUGAUUUGAGCUUCCAGCCUCCCUAAGGCCAAUCAAGCAAUGAAGAAAAGAAAACGGUUUGGUCACAAACCUGCCAUCAGAUGGAGGCACCUUCCUGCCAAAUGCCACACCUCGAAUAUCUUGCCCUCAGUCUGUUCAGCUCAGAAUUUCCUGCCUCUGGGGCCAGGCCCUUUCGUAGAUGCAGGAGAAGGUGGGGGGCCGUUGCUCACAAGCUCGACUGGCUACGGGCUGUGCUCGGAGCAGGACAGGGGCCUCCGUGGGCUUCUUGGCAGGGGGCCGUGCCCCCCCCUCAGGAUGCUGCCCAGUGCCAGGCGCCAGGCCACUCAGGAGCCCAGCAGCAGAGGAGGAGGACGCAGGUCCCAGUGGGUGGAUUUGGAGGCUUGUUACGGCAGAGCAGCUCAACUCCAGGUCACAGUGCAGGCACGCCAUGAACCUUUAAAAAAACCAACCAAAAAUGCUAUUUAUGUAGGAUCCACCAAAGAGUAUUCUAGGCUUUUGAAUUGUCCCAGUGGAUCAGGGACAACAUGUCACUAACUUUCUUGAUGUUAACAAUGUAAUCAGAAUGUGCACGCCAGGCUGUGUGAGGUCUGACUGCACAGGGAGUGGGAAAUAAACGUCCCCCGGGGGGAACCGGCUCUCACUCCGCACAGCCGGAUGUGGGCCCGGCAGCUCCCUGCAGUGCCAUCCCGCGGAGUGGCUGCCUCCUCUCCUGUCGCCUCUCCUCUCCUCUCAAGGGCAUGUCUGUCUCCUGGUGUUGGGCUGGCAGCGACUCACCGUGGAAGCCUAAGAAAGGAAAUGUUUUUGCCUUAUCUCCUUGUAUAUAGGAUAGAACUUAAAGGGAAUUGUGCAUUUUUAUAAAUCACGUUUCAUAAAUUGUCUUCAAAGUCCUAGUUUAAAAUGUGCUUUUGUGGACAGGAGGGAAAAAGCCUCUCAUCAUUAAAGGCAGCAAAUGUGACGUAUGACUGGCCAACAGUUCCCCAGCAGCUAAGUCGUAGUGGGGACUCAGGGCCGCCCGUGACACCAACAGUGCUCGUGGAGAGCCAGCGCUGACUUACCGGUGGUGAAGAACGUGGGUCUGUGUCUGCAGGCAGCCAUGGGCUGGAUCUGUAAGUGUGAGUGGAGGCAGCGCCUGAAGAACGGACAGCUGGGGCACGGCCCCCACAAAGGGAAACUCCGGCCCCGGCCUGCCCUCUGUAACCACUACAGAAAUUGCAGUUUUAUAUCUUUUUGUAACGCCUGUGAACUUUAAUGGAUUGAAGCAUUAGAUCAAAAUACUCAGGGGAUUUUUCUUUAAAUAUCCCUCAGUUAUUUUAGCUAUAGCAACAGAAAGGGAAAGCUAUCAUUUCUGUUUGAAAACUAAACACGGCCAUUUGUAAGCUGUCACCACAAAUCUUCCUUUCUAAUUGCAUGUGCAUCUGGAAUUUCAGAAAACAUUAAUUCACAGUAGGGGGGCAGAAUGUGCUUUGUGGUUGGAACACUUCUUGUACCAUUUUCUCAUGUUUGAAUCAGGUGAUGUUUGGAAAGUUAAAAUGGAUGAGCAGCUUAACUAAAGUAGAACUGAAAUAUUCAUGAUGCUUUUCAUACACUGUGGCAUAAGAUGUAAAGUCUGUAAUGUUUUGUGAAUUUCUGUGCAUUUUAAUAUUCUUUUAUAAUUAAUUGUGAGCAUUUUAAUAAAUUCAUUUUUAAAAAUAAA